AUGUUUGAUGUCAGAAAGGCGAAUCUCAAACAUACUUGCGACGCGGACAGCCGACGGACGUUCUCUAAGCACGCAUCGUCGAAGGUGAUAGCAGCACUUCUGAGAACCAAGUACGAAACUACUGUCGGGCCACGUCCUAAGGAUUUGCCGUACUCGAUUCUGAGAGAGCAUCACAUUAAUGCCUCUUACUGGAAAUGCUGGAAAGCGAAAGAAUUGGCAAUUGCAUCUGCGCAUGGAACAGAGGAAAGCUCCUACAAGUUGCUACCACUGUACCUAUACUUACUGAAGUGUGCAAAUCCAGGGAGCAUUACACAUCUACAUACCGAGGUUGAUGAAAAGGGUGCAACAAGGUUUAAGUAUGCGUUUAUGGCGCUGAAGGCAUGCGUGGAUGGAUGGAAGCACUUGAGGAAAAUUCUCGUGGUGGAUGGAACUCAUAUGUUUGGGAAGUACAGGGGAUGUCUCUUGACGGCCAGCGGUCAGGACGCCAAUUUUCAAGUAUUCCCUAUAGCGUUUGCCGUGAAGCCCAUCAAUCAAGAGCGCGAUACGGAAAUGGUUUCCAAAUUCCCACCACGGAACAUGUCUUACCCACUGACAAGGAACGUCGACGACCACUACAAGCGUAGACAUCAGAGAGCGCUAGUCCAACAGGCUGGAGAGGCAUUUUACGGUGGCCAAAUUCAAGAAGUAUUACGAUGGUUUGAGAGCAGGAGACAGAAAAUAGAGAAAAUGCAUGGCGACAUACCAGAGGAAGUGGAUAAGGAGCUGUCGUUAAAUAUGGAGCAAUCCGCAGGAUUGCCGGCUGUGCAAGUUGGACGUGUACAUGCCUCGAAUUUCAGUGUCUUAGAAUACCAUGUCGGCACGCAAUUGCUGCUGCCACAGUUGGGACGUGCCCUACAAAUCGUUGGUGGACGACAUUCACAAGAAGCCAACAUGGUUAUCCUCAAUAUCAUGUAUCACAUUGCCCAUCCCCCAGACAAUGUUGAUGUUCCCCAGUAUAUUCUCGACCUACCGGAGACCAUGAAACCGAAGUUGAAGCGACCUCCCGGAAGGCCAGCGAAGAAAGGAAACGGUCCGCUGGUGAAUACCCGGUUCCGGAAGGCGUAA